AGAGCAGUACGCCCGGCCGCCACAGCUUUCAUCAACAUAAAGGCCCACCCCCACGAACGGGCGGAGGAAGGGCGGAAGGGGGCAAGGAGCAGACCAAGGAAGAUGAGCAAGACUGCCCUCCUCACCCCCUACAAGAUGGGAAGGUUUGAUCUUUCCCACAGGGUAGUUCUUGCACCACUGACAAGGGAGCGGUCCUUCGGAAAUGUUCCUCAGCCUCAUGCCAUACUGUAUUAUCAACAGAGAACAACCAAAGGAGGCCUUUUGAUUGCUGAGGCCACUGGAGUUUCAGACACUGCUCAAGGGUACAAAGACACUCCUGGCAUUUGGACAAAGGAGCAAGUAGAAGCAUGGAAACCGAUCGUGAAUGGGGUUCACACAAAAGGAGGAAUAUUUUUCUGUCAGAUUUGGCAUGUAGGAAGAGUCUCCAAUCACACUUUUCAGCCUAACGGGCAGGCUCCAAUUUCGAGCACUGAUAAGCCACUCAAACCUGUAGUUAGAGCCAAUGGCAUAGAUGUGCCUACAAUUUCAACUCCUAGGCGGCUACAGACUAAUGAGAUUCCUUUGGUAAUCAACGAUUUUAGGGCUGCUGCUAGAAAUGCAAUUGAAGCCGGAUUUGAUGGUGUUGAAAUCCAUGGAGCUCAUGGUUAUUUGAUUGAUCAGUUCUUAAAGGACCAAGUCAAUGAUCGCACUGACAAAUAUGGUGGGAGCUUAGAGAAUCGCUGCCGCUUUGCAUUGGAAGUAGUUCAAGCUGUAGUUGAUGAAGUUGGAGCUGAUAAGGUUGGGAUAAGGCUCUCUCCGUUUGCAAACUAUUCAGAGGCAUCCGACUCAAACCCAGAAGCUCUAGGCCUAUACAUGGCACAUGCACUAAACAAAUUUGGAAUUCUCUAUUGUCACAUGGUGGAACCACGGAUGGUGAAUAUUGGUGAGAAGUUUGAAACUCCCCAUAGUCUUCGCCCCAUAAGGGAUGCUUUUAAAGGAACAUUUAUUGUAGCUGGGGGAUACGACAGGGAUGAUGGAAAUAAAGCAAUCGCCGAUGACUAUGCUGAUUUAGUAGCAUAUGGGCGCUUGUUUUUAUCCAAUCCUGACUUGCCUCGGAGGUUUGAAAUAGGUGCUCCUCUCAACAAGUACAUAAGAGAUACUUUCUACCUCUCUGAUCCAGUUAUUGGAUACACUGAUUACCCAUUUCUGCCGUCCGAUGUCUAGAUGGGCCUUUCAGGAAUGAAUCCCCACCCCAUCAGAUCAUCUACCUCAUGUAUCAGUACUAUGUUAAAGGAAUAAGGUCAUUGAUUUCAAUGCUCAUGUGUAUCGGCACGGUAUGGAUAAAAUAUGUAAUCAUCAUUGCAAUUUAAGAAGUGCAAGCUGGAAAGCAAAUUAAGAAGUC